CCUCUUAGGCGUCAGUCGUCCGACACAUCGCGACUUUGGCCGGUCCGCCCGCUGUUGGAUACGUCCGCGUGAACACAACGUAUAAACCACCACCACUCGACGACGACAACAACAACAACAACAACAAUAACAACAACAUCGCCCAGGUCAGUGGUGUCUGCAGCGUCAGUGUAGUGGCGUCUACGCGAUAUUGUAAAAUAUAUUAUUUUCCGCGGAUGACUCUAUGACGGGACGCCGAAUUGAAAUGAAAUAAUACAAAUUUGAAAUUGUACAAGAUUUUUAUCUAUAGAUCGUUGAUCGUUGCAUUUUGGUAUAUUGUAACAUUUUUAGUGGCCUAUACUAUGUAUGACAUUUUACCAGCGUUUAUUGGCGGUCAAUACUAUUUUGUCUACCUAACGCAGCGAUUAAAAUGUCGAGUCAAAGAAAAUGUUGCUGAGUUAGUGUCCCGUGCAGGUGGAUAGGACUGCGGCGCCAUGGCCGACAACGGCGGCGAGUCGACGGCCACACCGUGGAACGCCACUGACACUGCGGCCACUGCGCAGUGGAACGCGACCGGUGCCGCAGGCGGGGUGUCCUGUCACUCGGAGAUCGAAGGCGUGCUCGGCACGGCCGCGUUCCAAACACUCGUCUACCUGACGUACACGAUCGUGUUCGUCGUGUCGCUGGUCGGCAACGGGCUGGUGUGCCACGUGGUCAUGUUCUCCGCGCAGAUGCACUCGGUCACCAACCUGUUCAUCAUGAACAUGGCCGUCGGCGACCUGCUCAUGACGCUCUUCUGCGUGCCGUUCUCAUUCGUCGCCACGCUGCUCCUGCAGUACUGGCCGUUCGGCAGCGACCUGUGCCACACCGUUAGCUUCGCCCAGGCGGUCGCCGUGCUGGUGAGCGCGUACACGCUGGUGGCAAUUAGCGUGGACAGGUACAUUGCGAUAAUGUGGCCGCUGAAACCUAGGGCCAGCAGACAUCACGCCAAAUGCAUAAUAGCAUUAGUCUGGACCGUGGCCGUGAUUACAGCGUUUCCGAUUCUCCUAGUUACGACAUUGGAACAACCGUCGUAUUGGCAUCAGGAAUGCGGAUUCUAUAUUUGCAACGAGAAAUGGCCAAGUGAGAAUGUCCGGCAUUACUAUAAUGUAGCGUUGUUGGUGCUUCAGUAUUGCAUACCAUUCGCCGUCCUGCUAUUUACAUAUGUCAACAUUGGGGUGGUGGUGUGGGGCAAAAGGACUCCGGGUGAGGCGCAGAACUCCAGAGACGUUAGGAUGGCCAAGUCGAAGAGAAAAAUGAUAAAAAUGAUGGUUACUGUGGUCAUAGCGUUCACGGUCUGUUGGCUGCCGUAUAAUAUCCUUCUGAUCCUGUGGGACCACGAACCGUCGCUGAGCUCGUGGAGCAGCCUGCCGUACGUCUGGUUCCUGUUCCACUGGCUGGCCAUGUCGCACACGUGUUACAACCCGCUGAUCUACUGCUGGAUGAACACCCGGUACCGGGCCGGUUUCGCGGCAGUUCUGCGCAACGUGCCCGGGUUCGGCCGGUGCUUGGGCGGUUACCUGCGGGCCCAACAGCACCAGUCGCACCACUACAACAGCCACAACGACCCCAGCCAGGCGGACGGCCUGCACCGGAUCAACACUUCGUCGUCGUUCGUGUCGGUCAAGUCGCGGCUCAAGUCGUUCAACGGACGGCCCGCGGCGUACGGACGGAGCCGCCGGAACUGGCACGAGGAAACGCUCUGAGCGCCGCCGAAACCGCUCACGCGACGUCGCGGCCGUGGUGGUCGUCGGUGGUGGCCGGUCAUCCGGGAAAGGGCCGUUUUCGCGGUGCGGUCGCGACAGAAAACCGCACGCUUUUGACUUAGACUCCGCGGCUGCGGUCGGCCGGACACGAAAACCGCACAUUUUCUAAUAUUUAUGUCGGUCCGUUCGGCGCGCUAGCCGAUACUUGGCAAACGUUUUAUACCAGUGGGAGGGAGAGGGUUCAAAAUUUUACCACAGUUACCCCAAAAAGCGACGAAUCGUUAAUACCGUUCUAUACAUAAUUAAAUCACCGUUUUUCUCGAGCGACUAAAAUAUAUGACUUGAUGUGUCUAUAAAAGUGUAGAAUAAAUGCUCAUUAAUUCACCGUUUAUAUGACGAAGAAACCACAGAAAUUAGCCGAUUUUAGUUUUAUCUUGAACGAAGAGUCCAUCCAAAAUUAAAUUUUAAUAUAUUUUAAACGUUAUUUCAAUUAUACAUUUGAUUAAUUUAAAUUACAAAAUAAAGAUUAAUUUAAAGGUAUUUAUACGGGAAAUUUUUGAAAAUCUUUGUCACGCAUAAACUAAUGCAAAGACAAUUAAAAUACUGCAUUAAUACUUUUGUUUUAUUAUUUUCUUAUACAAACACUUAAAAUACAAAUUAAUUAUUUCAAAAAUAGAAAUACGAAUUGAAAACACUGGCACGGCGCCGCAAAACAAAAUUACAUUGCAAUAUUAUGAGUUAUGACUAUAGAUAGGUACACUCGUGAACCAUUAGUUUUAAAUUUUACUACCUUGGAUGGUUAGACCCCUUUGAAUAAUACAAAGAUGAGAGGGAAAUCGUACCCAAAUCGCAUCCAAAUGCCGCCUGUGGCACCUACACCUAUAGAAAAAUUCCGCACACUUUUAGUUAGAUAAAAACGUUAUAUCAAUCACACUUUUUUUCAUGUAGGUACGACCGCAUUUUGUAGUUUUAGCAUUUUGUCACAUUAUGUUAUGUUGAUAACAUUGUACCACCUACGAUUAUAAUCAAGACGUAUGAUUUACUGAGGUCGUUUUUAGUCGCAAUUAGUGGCAGAUUAGUUGGUUGUAUUCGCGUGUGUAUCGGUGUAAAAUGAGUAUAUAAUGUAAAGUGCUUAAAAAAAAUGUUUUUCCGUAAUUUUAAAGAGAUCGUAUCAAUUUUUUGAAAGUCAGGCACUAUUAUAACGGUCAAUUAAACAGUAGGUAAUUUAUUCUAUACAUUUUUAUUUAUUUUUAUUUUUAUGAACAUAAGUUAUCAAUACAAUAUUAUAAAUAAUGCAUUUUAUAUUUUAAAAAUAUAGCGAUUUUGCCAAAUUAUAAAUUAAUUAGAAAGUGUGUGGUUUUUAAAAACAACAAACUUUCUAAAAAAAGUGUGCAGUUCUAAUCUACUGAAAGUGUGUGGUAUCAUACAGUAUAUCAUCUAAAGUGUGCAGUUUUGGAUUCAGUAUACAGUUAUACAGAUAUACAGUUGUUACUCACUAUGAAUUAUGAUUACAAUUUUUACUGUUAAUUCAAGACGCGUCUUCUCGUCCGAAAUGCAUUUUGUGAUGAUGUUAUUUUUUUCGUAAAGAGUAUCGAGUAUACGCUAUCUACAUACAUAUUAUCGUUAUCGUGAAAUGGUCAAAUUGGUUUGAAACAUGUUGAGAUAGAGUGAUUUAAUAGUUCAAAUUUACUCGUCAUGUUUCGUCCUCUUUAAAAACUUGUAUAAUAAUAAAAACAAUUUUUUGUUAAUUUUUUUGUUUAACGCAACGAUUAUAGAGAUGGGCAACUCUUGGUUUUGUACAAUAUGUUUUUGUGAAAAAAUGAACAACGCGUAGAUAUUAUUGCAAUAGUUUAGAAUUACUAUUUUUCGGAGAGGGAUGUGAUUUUUUAGAAAAAAACAUAAUAUAACGUAUGAUAAUAAUAUUAUGUGAAGGUGUGAAAACCCACUUCGACCACUGCACAAUUGACGUAAUUGUGAAUUAUUUUUACUUACAAAAACCUACACUUCAAGACGCAUCCAAACCCAUUUUCUCCCGGUUAAUUUUUUUAAAAACAAAAAUAAACGUAGACAACAUGCGUGUCCAACCUAUAUUAUAUUAUACCCAGUUUCAAAUAAUUCAGCUUAUUAUACCUACGACCUAUACGUGUGAUGUCUCAUGAGUUUAUGCUGUGUAAUUUGAUGGAAUGUACUUUUUAAAUUAAGUGUAAUAUAUUUGUGUGAACGAUUUUGUUUGGAUGUAAAUAAUAACGUUAAUAUGUUAAUAAAUACAGUUAAAAUACAAUUAUUAUUAUAAAAGUCUACUGUUUAAAAAAAAAACUGUCCCCAGUAUGACAGCAUAAACGCUCCGUAAAAAUAAUGUUUAUGCGCAUACAAUUAUAUACGUGUAAGCACUGAGCAUAUGUGUAUUCCUUGUUCUGAAAUAUGACAAAUGGGGGUGGAUUUUAAAAUGCCACUCUUGGCUACUAUACACACAGAAGUGUGUUUUACCCAUCACAAAAAAAAUAAUUUUUUCUCCUUUCUGAAAUUCCACCACUAAAUUUUAUUCGCCGUCUACUUAAAAUUAAAUUUUAAAAAAAACGGGUAAGCAGGUUAAACGCUCCGCUGUAC